AUGGGUGAGGAAAAGACGCUGAAUGACGUCUCAAGAAAAGAUGAAAAGCAACCUCCACCUGUUGGUGAGAAAAAGAAAACACAAAAGGAUGAAAAAAAAGAUGAGAUGACUGAAGAGGAUCGAAAGUUGCAAGAAGAUUUAGAAAUGCUUGUGAAAAGGCUUGACGAACCUAAUGUUUCUCUCUAUCAGCCGUCUCUGGAAACGAUGCGAACUCUCAUAAGGGCAUCUACUACAUCUAUGACUUCCGUCCCAAAGCCGUUGAAAUUUAUGAGGCCUCAUUUUCAAAAGAUGAAAGAAAUUCAUCAAAAAAUGGCCGAAGGUCCAGCAAAGCAUUUAUGUGCCGAUAUUAUUUCUGUAUUAGCAAUGACAUCUGGUGAGAGGAAUGACUGUAUAAAUUACCGCAUGCAAGGAAUGCAUGAACCUAUAGGAGAAUGGGGACACGAGUAUGUUAGGCAUCUAGCCAUGGAAAUUGCCGAAGAGUGGCGAUCUGUUCCAGAAGAUGCGGAAGAAGAGCGUCGAGAUGCUCUUCUAAAACUAGUCAAGGAAACAGUCUCGCACAACAUGAAGCAUAACGCUGAAGUUGAAGCAUGUGACUUGCUAAUAGAAAUAGAACGUCUUGACCUACUGAUAGAUUUUGUGGAAGAAGUUGAUCAUCAGCGCGUAUGCUUAUACUUGUUAAGUUGUUCACCUUUAACGCCAGACCCAGACAAUCAAAUACUAAUUGCUACCGCUAAGGAUAUAUAUCUGAAAUUCAAUCGCCAAUUUGAGGCUUUGCGAUGUGCUGUAAUGCUAAAUAACGUGGAAAUGAUACGCAAAAUUUUUCUUUCGACGAAAGAUCUCCUGCUGCAAAAACAAAUGGCUGUUCUGUUGGGACGUCAGCAAAUAUUUCUGGAACUCGAAGGCGUUGAGAAUGGAGAAGCUCUUGCAGAGCUGAAUUCUAAUACUAAUUUGCACGUUUACUUCAAGUCACUUGCCCGAGAGCUUGACAUAAUGGAGCCAAAAACUCCGGAGGAGAUUUACAAAACUCACCUUGAGCAAAGCAGGCCUUUCUCCUCCUCUAGUGCUCCUGAUAGUGCUCGAAUGAAUUUGGCUGCCGCUUUUGUUAACGGGUUUGUAAACAUGGGAUUUGGUGUUGACAAAAUGUUGACGGAAACGGAAGAUGCCAACCGGUGGUUCUAUAAAAAUAAAGAAUUCGGAAUGUUGUCAUCGGCAGCAAGUCAAGGGCUUGUUUGGCGUUGGGAUUUCGAUGUUGGUCUUUCCCAGUGCGACCGCUUCUUAUACGUGAAUGAUGAUUACAUAAAGGCUGGCACCCUUCUUGCAAUCGGUGUAAUAUCGUCAGGGAUCCAAGACCCUUGUGAUCCAGCAUCAGCGUUACUGAUGGACCAUGUUCAUAGCGAACGACCCGUUAUGCGGAUAGGAGCUGUAUUGGGUUUAGGACUUGCAUAUGCUAAUUCAAAAAGAGAAACGGUAUUGAAGGACGAGGACACUGGUGUUGUUUACGAACUGAAAAAAGUUCUUACAGAUGGAAAACCGUCAGCGACGAACGAGGUUAAGGGAUUAACUGGUUUGGCCCUUGGUUUGAUCAUGGUUGGAACAGGCGACCAUGACGUAGCUAUGGAAUUGCUGCAGAUCUUAAUGGAAAAAACAGCAGCAGAACUUCAGGACAGUAAUGUCCGCUUUCUUGCUCUUGGCAUCGCUUUGAUCUUUUUAGGAACUCAGGAGAAAAGUGAAGUUUUUGUGGAAAGUGUGAGGACUCUUCCAGAACCGUUUGGAAGUAUGGUUUCAACUUUGGUAGACAUAUGUGCUUAUGCGGGUACUGGUAAUGUUCUUAAAAUUCAAAAACUCCUCCAUCUUUGUUCGGAGCACUACGAACCUAAAGACCCUAAAAAAAAGAUGAAAGAUGAAAAGGGCAAGAAGGAUGGUGGAACUGGAAGUAGUGAUACCAAAAAGGCUGACGAAAAACCUGAUUUGUCCUCGCAGCAAGCAGUUGCUGUUCUCGGUAUAGGGCUGAUUGCUAUGGGUGAAGAAAUUGGUUCUCAAAUGAGUCUUCGCAUGUUCGGGCAUUUGGUGCGUUACGGUGAGCCAGUCAUUCGGAGAGCUGUGCCACUGGCCUUAGCUUUGAUCAGUCCUUCAAACCCUCAGUUGCCUAUCCUUGAAUCUUUAUCAAAGUUUUCUCACGAUUCGGACUCUGAUACAGCACAUAAUGCUGUUUUUGCCAUGGGAGUCGUAGGAGCUGGAACAAACAACGCCCGUUUAGUAUCUAUGUUACGACAGCUGGCUAGUUAUCACCAUAAGGACCAAGUCAGUUUGAUGUUGGUGCGAUUAGCACAAGGAAUGACUCAUAUGGGGAAGGGUACUAUGACACUUAAUCCUUUUCAUUCAGAUAGACAGUUGAUGUGUCCUGCAGCCGUUGCUGCAUUAUUUGCCACUUGUUUCUUCUUCCUUGACGCUAAUAACAGUGUCUUGAACAAUCGUCAACAUUAUUUGUUGUACACGCUAACCCCAGCGAUGCAGCCGAGACUACUAAUAACUCUGAUGGAAGACGAGUCUAAACCUGACGUUUUGAAGCAGGUUAAUGUUAGUGUUCGUGUCGGUCAAGCAGUAGAUACAGUCGCGCAAGCGGGGAAGCCAAAAACAAUUACCGGUUUCCAAACCCAUACUACUCCAGUUCUUUUAGCAUAUGGCGAACGUGCUGAGCUAGCUACUGACGAAUACAUAUCACUUUCGCCUUUUAUGGAAGGUUUGGUCAUUCUAAAGCCGAAUCCCGAAUAUGAAGCAGCUGGUGGCGAGGCUAAAAGAAAGUCAUAG